GUUGGCAGUGUUCGAGACGGGGGUGGAAAGUCUUGGGGGGGGGAGGUGGUGUGGGUAAUUGGAUUCCUAACCAAAAGGCUGGAUACACUUGAGAUCUCCCUGCGAUCACGGCGGAUACCGAUGAUGGCUGCUGGCUUACUAGUCGAUCAAAAUCCUAAUUAUUGUCACUUGUCUGUCUUUCAUGUCUUACUUGUUGUCCUUUGAUCUACCACCUGAAAAGAGUGAAGAUGAGAAGAGUAUUUCUAACUAUUCACAGGUUCUUGUUAUGUCCAUUCACAAAAAUAAAAUAAAAAAGGAAACCCAGACAACGCCUUGUUGGGGAAAGGGAAUGAUUUGCUGGGCUGUUUGGCCAUUUCCUCUUUGGUAUCCCCUCAUAUUUCUUCUUUUGACCGCAAGGUUGGGCAGGCUAUUGCCCACGGAUCGUCUCCUGCAUCAUAUUCUUCCAUCUUUCCUUCCAGACUCUUUCUCCUACUUACUUACUGUGGACAGAGCGAGCAGAGCCACUCGCAGUAAUUUUUCUUGUCAAUACAUAACGCCCCCCUGACUGUUACAAGUUGAGGGCAUUGUUCUGCUCCCCUCCUUGGCUCUUUGCUCCGCACUUCCAGUGUUAUGUAUUUAAAAUUAUCAAGGGUCUGAACCCUGAUUACGGGCCAGUGGAUAUGGACCCUGGUCCACUUGAGUUUCUUUGCUUUACCGCAUUACC